AUGCUCGGGAGCCGUAAAGAGAAAUUCGCAUCCAUAUUUAACAGAGUUAAGGGAAUGAUAGAGAAGGGUGCAUUAGCCCAUGAAGAUCGUCCUUUAUGGUACGAUGUGUAUAAAGCAUUCCCUCCACGGGUUGACCCAACAUAUGAUCGACAGUGUCCCACAAAUGCCGUCCGAAAUAUUUUGUAUCCAGAGGACCGUGAAAGAGCGAUUUAUAAUACAGGACAGUACAAAUCGGAGACUUUGAACAUGUUCAGGCUCUCAGAUAACCGAUCAACUCUUUACAAGAUUUUGAUGAAGUGCAAGAGUUUGAGGGAACUGCAUCCGAACGCAUCUGGAGAAGAACUAAUGUCUUUAGCCGAAGAAGAAUUAAGAAAAGAGGGAGUGAUGAUCAAACGCAAACCUGAUAAUACAGUUUGA